CGUCGUCGUCGUCUGAAACUCACUUAGAUUACCAUGUCACCAAGCAGUCUACAGUUUCCAGGCAAUUUUUUCUUAUUUAUCUUAACUACGUUUUUUGUAGUAGGUGAUUCAGCGCGGAUUCUCGGUCUUUUCUCGACUUUUUCCAAAAGCCACUUAUUCAUUCACUGCGCUGUAGCCGAUGCUUUAGCAGAAAGGGGACAUGACGUCACAGUGGUCACAACUUUACCCUUAAUUAAGAAAAAACAUCGUUUCCGCCACAUUCAUCUGGAUAUCCCCGGAGAUUUGGCGAAUUUUUUGUCAGUCGAAAUAAAUUAUACCCCACCAUGGUACAGACGCUUCACAAGAUUUGCUGGAUUUGUAACCGAUUACGCUGAGAAAAGUCUAAAUCAUCCGAAAAUGAGAAAACUAAUGGCGGAAGAGUCCUUUGAUCUUAUGUUGCAUGGCUAUUUUUUGAAUGAAUUGUUAUUUGGUGUUGCUGGACAUUUCAAGUGUCCGUUGGUGGUGAUACUUACGGUUCAAUCGACGAGUAUAACAAAUUUUUUAGUGGGGAAUCCGCAGGAAAUAAGUUAUGUCCCGAGUUUGUUGUCUGGAGCUAAACAGCCCCUGGAUUUUGUGGGCAGAGUGAAAAACUUUUUCUUUGUGAGUGUUGUGGAGCAAUUAAUGUUGAGGAAAUUAUUUCAGUGGUAUCAAGUCGGCACUUAUGGAUCAAACUUUCCACCAGACAAAUAUCCAUCAUUUGAUGAAGUGAAGAAGAAUGUUUCACUGAUUUUGACAAAUCAUCAUUUCAGUCAAACACCAAUUCGACCAAAUGUUCCCGCCAUGGUAGAAAUUGGUGGAAUUCAAAUUAAGGAAAAACCUGAUCCAUUACCUGAGGAUAUCAAAAGCAUUUUGGAUAACUCCAUCAAACAUGGAGUUGUUUACUUCAGUCUUGGAACAAAUGUCCAGGGCAGUUUUCUAGAUCAAUCAAAAGUCAAAGUAAUGUUCGAAGUUCUCUCAAAACUUCAACAAACAGUUCUCUGGAAAUGGAGUGAUUCUGAUCCGGUUCCCGGAAAAUCACCAAAUAUCAUCUACAAAAGUUGGCUACCUCAGGAUGAUAUUCUAGCUCACGAAAAUGUCAAACUCUUUGUCACACACGGUGGUCAAGGAAGUGUUGUGGAGUCACAAUACCAUGGCGUACCAAUGGUUGGUAUUCCACUCUUCGGGGAGCAGUCUUCAAAUAUGGAAAAUGUUGUCAAAGAAGGCUUUGGUUUAUCUGUGGAUUAUCUAACAAUAACUGAGAAGAAUUUCAACAGUGCUGUUCAAGAAGUUCUAUCAAAUAAGAAGUACACUGAAAAUGUACAAAGGUUUGCAAAGUUGUAUAAGGACCGACCAAUGACUGCUAAAGAAACAGCUGUUUUUUGGGUGGAAUAUGUCUUGAGACAUCAUGGAGCUCCUCAUAUGCAAAGUCCAGCAGUUCAUUUGAAUAUUUUCCAAUUGCUGUCACUUGAUGUUAUUGGAUUCUUGUUGGCCGUUCUAUACAUAAGCUGGAGAGUUAUAAAAACAAUAGUCUUAUUGAUCUUCUAUGUGUUCCGGAAAAGCAAAAGUAAAGUCGAUUAAAAUUGA